AUGCUCCUGGGCAGGCGCUGGGGAAGAUGCAGCCUGGGGCGCUGUGUGCUCUUCGUGGCGCUGGCCCUGCUGUUCGACGCCGUGGGCCUGGUCCUUCUGCUGCUGGGCAUCUUCGCCUCCCUCGACUACUGGGACUUCUUGGUCUACACGGGGGCCCUGAUCCUGGUGCUCAGCCUGCUGUUCUGGAUCACCUGGUAUUCCCUCAACAUCGAGGUACCUCUUGAAAAACUGGACUUGUAGGUUGGCCGUGGGCACAGGAGGAGGGGCGCGGGCUCCACGGGCGGCUGACUGUGAACCUGGGGCUGUCGCGUGUUGCCACUCCCACCCAGAAUGCCCCAAAGGGGAGCAGGUCCCGUCUGACCUGUGAGCAUCAAAGCCCGGGGAAGAAGCUCUCUCUUUGCCGCACACGCAAGCGCCUUUACUAAGUAUCCAGGAGGAGCCAGAGGCUUGCAGCGCCCACUAGGACGCCCACAAGUGGCAUGAAUGCCAGGCUUCUGGAAGGUUCCAGCGUCUGCCAAGAGUCCAGCGUCCCCGCUGGCCCCCCAGCCUCUCUGGGACGGCCCCAGAAGACUUCAAGUUCUCCAACGGGGGCUCUGAUGGGAGCAGCCUGGCUGUGGGGCUCAGAUGCCCACUCCUGUCAAGGCCCCGUUACAGACAAACAGCCGGAACGGCGCACGGGAGCCCACACGGGGCCUCCUGCAACCACACGCAGGCUGUAGGGCUGCUGCGUGGCCAGGCCGUGUGAGCCCUGACGGCCCGCCUCACCCACCCCUCGGGAUGGUGCGGGUGGACCGUCUUAUAUUCUAAGACGCCGGCUGCAAAAAGCAAGGCGCAGCUGAUGCCGUGUGAUGUGCAAGAGACACCGUCCUCAGUGCCGGACACGGUUUACCAUGAACACAGCCCCUCCAUUUGUAUUUGCACAGCCGGGCUGCCCGGGUGACUCAUAUUGAGCUCCCGGUCCACUGAGCCGUCCUCCAGGCCCCCAGGCGGUAUUCUGACAAAGCAAGAGAGGUCUGUGCAGUGCUGUCCCUGCGCUAUUCAUUCCUCGAUCCGAAGAGCAGGACUCUGUUUUUAUCUUAACGCAGCUGCUUCCAGUCAAACACAGCCCUGGCUAGGAGGCUAGUCAGACGUGCGCCUGACCCCAGGGCUCGACCUGCAUAAGUAAUUUAUGUUUCCCGUGGUCUAAUUUUGUACUUUUUAUUUAUAUUUCACCCUCAGAAGUGUAAGUUGUCCCCUAGAAGCUGCCUCAGAUGUUCUGUGCCACGCGGUAGGAACCUGCCUGUAGAAGUAGGUUUGACUUUUGACCUUCCGCUUUUAACGGGACACGCCGUAUUUCGGAGCAUGCGUGCUCCUGUAAGAAUCCUCAAUCCCCCUCAGCUUUACAGCAUCUUUGCUCAAAAGUUUAACCUGGUUCUGUGCAAGCCCUGGAAGUUGACGUUGGGCACAGCACCGUGGAUGGAGACAGUGGCUGGGCUGUCCUGACACCAUGGAAUCUUCCAGAAGCUCCGUGCUUGGCCACCAACCUGGCCUCUCAGAAUUAGGCUGGACUCGGAAACCAUCAUGAAGGAAUGUUCCAGACAGGCCAUUAAGAAGAAAGAUUCUCCUCCUACUCCGGAAGAUUCCUUGACCAUCUGCAUGUGUAAUCCCACUUCUUUGUGUUUCUGACCUGACUCCACAUAAGCGAGGAAGCACUUUGUCUAACGCUAGUGCAGAAGGAAAAGUCUCACAUGGAAAAGUCUCACGUGAUGCACAUCACCCCGAACAGCUCCUUAGUAAGACACCGUUGGAGGCCCCGUUAACUUCCUUUCCUUGUUUUUUUAUUCUAGAAACAGAAGCGGUUUCCCUUCCUUCCCUUGGAGCCCAAUGCAAUCGCUGGCUUUCAUUUGCGUUGAGUCAGGCAAAUCCUGAAAGAGCAGGAUCGCGCUUGGCCCAGAGCGCAUGUUCUCAGCAUCUGAGGGGCCGGAGGAACGGAGAUGGGCUUAGCAGCCGCCUCACAUCGCGCCCACUCCAGGGACCUACCCGGGUAUUGGCACUUUCUCCACACUCACCUUUGCACCUCUGCUAGCGGGCAAUUUAGAAGCAUGCUGGAUGGUUCUCCAUGUAAGUGCGGCUGCUCAACUCCUGAGCCGUCUCCCAAAUUAGAGGGGGCGGGCAGCGUGUGACCCCCGCUUCGGAGAGUGAGUGCGGAGUAAGGCUGUGAUUAGAGCUGUAGCAGGUGCCCUGAAUGAAAGUACAGCUGGCUACCCGCUGGCCCUGGCAUCAGCCCCCCAGGAGAAAAGGGAAGGCCACGUCGGAGGGCGUCAACCAUCGGGGACCCUAAGAAGAGCCAGAAUGGAGAAGGCACAACUGGGCAAUGCAUGUGGGGGGGGUGGACAGCAACCCUGGUCUGCCAUGGAGUAUGUGCCAGGACGAUGCUCGGGGACCCGUUAGGGCGCAGAAUCAGGAGACAGGAGAACAGAACCCAAUCUCAGAGAGCAUGGGAGCAGCACUUAAAGUAUUCGUGGGGGAUCUUGGUGAAGAGGAGGUCUGGGGGGAGGCCCGAGGCUCUGUAUUUCUAACAAGCUCUCAGGCGAUGCAACGGCUGCUGAUCCAGGGGACACACAGAACAAAAAUGGGGGCCCCUCGGGCGGCUCCGUCGGUUAAGCAUCUGACUCUUGGUUUUGGCUCAGGUCAGGAUCCCAUAGUUCGUGAGUUC